CAGUGAAUGGUGAGGAGGGGCUGUCAGAUCCUGCUGCUGCUAAUGGAUGGAGCCUUAGGGUGCCCCUACACCUCCUGACCUUGGCUAGACUCACAGGCAGCAAAGGAACCAGGCCAUCCUCCGGAACCAUGGUUGGACUUCAGCCAUCAGAAGUGCCUCCCACAACAGUUGUAAAGUUCCUGGGGGCCGGCACUGCAGCCUGUUUUGCUGAUCUCCUCACCUUCCCCCUGGACACCGCCAAGGUCCGCCUGCAGAUCCAAGGGGAGAACCCAGGAGUGCAGAGCGUGCAGUACCGCGGCGUGCUCGGUACCAUCCUGACUAUGGUGCGCACAGAGGGUCCCCGCAGCCCCUACAGCGGGCUGGUCGCUGGCCUGCAUCGCCAGAUGAGUUUUGCCUCCAUUCGAAUUGGCCUCUACGACUCUGUCAAGCAGUUCUACACCCCCAAAGGAACGGACCACUCCAGCGUCGCCAUCAGGAUUCUGGCAGGCUGCACCACGGGAGCCAUGGCAGUGACCUGUGCUCAACCCACGGAUGUGGUGAAGGUCCGAUUUCAAGCCAUGAUACGCCUGGGAACUGGAGGCGAGAGGAAAUACAGAGGGACUAUGGAUGCCUACAGAACCAUCGCCAGGGAAGAAGGAGUCAGGGGACUGUGGAAAGGGACUUGGCCCAACAUCACAAGAAACGCCAUUGUCAAUUGUGCUGAGAUGGUGACCUAUGACAUCAUCAAGGAGAAGCUGCUGGACUCUCACCUGUUCACUGACAACUUCCCCUGUCACUUUGUCUCUGCCUUUGGAGCUGGUUUCUGUGCCACGGUGGUGGCCUCCCCAGUGGAUGUGGUAAAGACCCGAUACAUGAACGCUCCCCCAGGCAGGUACCGAAGCCCCCUACACUGUAUGCUGAGGAUGGUGGCCCAGGAGGGCCCCACAGCCUUCUACAAAGGAUUCAUGCCCUCCUUUCUGCGUCUGGGAUCCUGGAACGUGAUGAUGUUUGUAACCUACGAGCAGCUGAAACGGGCCUUGAUGAAAGUCCAGGUACUGCGGGAAUCUCCAUUUUGAACAAGGCAAGCAGGCCGCUUGGUACUUUCCUCAUUAAAAAAGGCCGCCUGGAACAGAACAAAGCUUCUCUGCCCAGGGGUCGCAGGCCCAUGCACGCACACGACGGAACCCUGCACUGUUACUGACUUGAGAAACUGAACUAAAAGAGGGGGAGAGUUUUGGUCUUCGAUGUUUCAUCCUAAAACACCUUUGUUUUGCACUGACCAGAUGGGAAAUAAAUUAUAUUAAUUUUUAAAACCUUUCCGGUUGGAUGCCUAACAUUUAGGCAAGAGACAACAAAGAAAACCAGAGUCGACGCCUUUGAAAUGUAGGAUCAAAUGAUGCAUAAUGAACAGGAAAGGCCAAAGGCUUUGGCAAGAUCGGCCCACUGUGUUGUCCUUGAAUCAAACAAACUGGCCGGAGGGACCCUUCAGCGUCAGCACAAAGCUGCCAUUGCAGCCUUCCUAGUCACCAGAUGACUCCGCCCUGUAAUGUGUCUGCCAAGUGGACUCCAUCAGGAUUCUGGGGGAAGUGAGGAAGGAAAAAGAACACAUUGAACCUGUACAGACGAGUCCCGCUGGGCCCACGGAGGACACUGGAGGAUAGAGCAUGUUCAGUGGAUAACAGUGCUCCCCUGUCUGCCCCAUCAGGGUGUUGGGAAGAUAGAACAUGGAAGCACUUUCGACAAGGCCUGUCGUCCACAAAUGAGGACGAUGUUUUAGGAGAGAUUCUGUCCAAAGAAGUUUGAGGAAAAUGCAACCUGGACCGCAUGCUAAGGACCAUAGGUGACUGAAGCCAUGGGGACCUGCUGCCUGGAAACGUCAAAGGGCUGGGCUGGGGAGCACUGCCUGUCCAUCAGUCUAGAGCAGCAGGACUCGGAAUCUUUAGGGAAUUGUUAGGACUCAGUAAAGGAAUUUCUACCUUAAGGGCGAGGGGGGGAACAUCUGCUCUUCCGCCUUCUCCCUUGGAGAUUUUCUCACCUCAGGGUCCUCCUGGUCAGGUCCCUGACCAGCUUCACCUGCAUACACUGCCUCCUGCUCUCACCCUGUUUUGGUUGCAAAGCCUUUGUUCUACCCGUUAAGCCUUCAGCCUUCCAUCUGCAAAAGGGAGGGCGAAGUUCAGGACCAACUUCUACGCUUAAGACUGCACAUCUCGAAAAGAAGUAACUCAGUGGGGUCAAUUCAGGGGACCCACAUGGUGGAAGGACAGGAUGGACUCUCGAAAAUUGUCCUCUGACCUCCAUACGAGCGCCCUAGACAGGUGCAUAUACGUGUAUAUUGUACAAACACAAUAAAGACCGCAAUAAAUGUAAAAAAAAAAUAAAGGAAAAGUUUUACUGAA